GGAGAGAGAGAGAGAGAGAGAGGGAGAGAGAGAGAGAGAGACAGCAGUGUCAGUUGAGCACUCUCUCUCUCUCUCAGACAGCGGACUCUCGCGCUGGUCCCAGCUAAACCUCCCAGUCUCUCCUACAGUCAGCAGCGCUGAUGCCAGGCUGUAACAUGCUCUACCUGUCGGCAGCGUAGUCACCACAGAGAAGGGAUAUUUUUAUUUUACCGGGUAAAAUUUCUCUUUGUGAGAGGAAGGAAGAAAGAAGAUAGAGAGAGGGGGUGGGGGAACAACUAACACCCCCCCCUCCUUAAAAAAAGAAAGAAGGGAAAACGGAAGGCUCUGGAGUAUUUGUUUUUUUCUUUCGCUUUUUGUUCUUCUUCUUCCUCAUCGUGGUGCUGGGAGGUGCUUCAUCUUUUCAUUUAUUCGCACUGUCCUCUCUCUGCCUCCUCAUCUAUUUCUCUGUCUACCUGGUCUACAAUUUCUGCUAUUUAUGAGUGACAGAAGGAGGGAAAGAGAGAGAGGGGAGGGAGACUUUUUUUGUUUUUGCCUUUUAUUUUCCUUUUUGAUCUGUUCCUCUUUCUUUCAUCAUCAUUCUCUUUCAUUCCCUCCUUUCCAUCUUUUCUAUCCCCCUUAUAUCCAUCCUCCCCUCUUCACUCCCUCCAUUCUUAACUCUUAAAUCCUUUUUUUCAAAUUAACUCUCAAAUUUUUUCAAAAACGUCUCCUCAUCAGAAUUUUCCCCCUUUUUUCUCCUCUUCUCUCUCUCCUUCUCUUUCUCCCCCUCUCUCUCUCUCCUCCCUCCAUCCUCUGCAUCACUAUUUUGGGGAUUCUUUAAUCUAUUCAUAGUCCUAUCUUGAAAAAGAAUGGAUCAGACAAAAUGACAGACAUGGCAGUGUCUGAAUAAGGAGGUCUGGAGGAGAUAGGCUGAAGAGGAAAGGAAACCUUCCCUCCCUCACACCUGUGUCCCUCACACAAGCCUUUUCACACCAAGACCUGCUCGAUACGGAGGAGGCAGAACUCUGGAGACGGAAAAAGACGGAGAACGCCGCCCUUCUUCAUCGAGAAACAAAAGGAUUAUGAGCUGGACAAGAGAGGAAUGAAAAGAGCUCCCCACCACUUCACCUCUCUCUCCAUUUCAUUCUUCCUCCUUUUUGUUCAUUUACAGACAUGCACAAAACAGCGAUUUUUUACAGACAUACACACAUAAACAUAUCCACAUAGGUGUUUGAUCGGUAAGCGUGAAACUAAAAAACAAGUUGAGAUAGGAAAUACUGUUCACACUUUACCCUGUUUGUUAUUAAGGAAAUACAACUGCCAUAUAUAAACAUCUGUGCCAUGAUAACCUUGCAUAAUUUUAGUAGUGAUUUUACUGUAUUUCAGAUUUCUUUUGUGAUCUCCUUUUCUCUAUGACGUUAUUUUGCUAUUCUUAUGGUAACUGCUUUUAUUUACACAUAGAUAGAUUUGUGCAUAAUUGUUCCAAUUUUAAAUUAUUGUCUGUAAUUAAAAUUUUGAACAACCAAGCAAUUUGAUUUAAAAAAAACAGAUUUUUUUCAGAUGUUGAUUCUGUUUGAAAUAUUGCUUGGAUCAAUUCUAAAAACAUUGUGUUUGUUUUAUUAUCUUAUUAUCCAGCACAGUAGUGAUCAGUAACUUAUUUGUAAUUUUUUUACACAUUUACAAGCUGUACAAUCAACUUACCUAGAGGAAAGCAUCGUUAAACAUUUAUAACAUUUCUCAAAUACAAUUAGGAAAAAAAAAAAGAUUUCAAUCAAAACAGCUGGUUCCCUGUGUAUUCAUACAGGGAUCAUUUAACUCAGAUAUAUCUUAUGAUAUCUUGAUUUCCAUCGCAUUAUCAAAGCAGCAAGAUAAACGUUCAUUCAACUCUAAUCACGUUGCCAUGUGAAUUUACACAAAAUAUAUAUUUUUUAAAAGUAUUUCAAACAUCCAUGAAUUUAUUUAUCAUUCAGUUGAGGAAGGACGGACAGCCAGCCUUUUGACCGUCACACAUACAUCCGCCACGGUUUUCGUUUCUUUCUGUCCAUCCUAUCCUCCUUUUAUUUGUGCGGCUUCAUCAGUUCAUCCUCCCUCUAUCUGAGGCUAUGAGAGGGAGUGAGGAAACCCAGGCGACGCCACCAUGCCAGUUCUGAGAAGCAGGGAUGAGAUUUGGGCUGGCAAUGUUCAAGGGAUUGCAUUUACACUCCUCCACCAUGCCUGUCUGCCACCGCCUCCCCCCGUCUGCCCCUCUGGACCGGCGCCUCUCUCCCCUGCUCUCCCCUCCCGGAAACGGCUCCUCCCGCCACAGGACUCCUCCCUCCUUCUCUCUCUCCCUCUCUCUGUCGCUCCUCUGCCUGUCCCUGCUGCUCGUGCCCGUGUGCGAGUCCCGGAGGGGCGGCGGCGGGGGCGGUGGCGGGGGAGGUGGGCCCGGAGGAGGAGAAAGGGGCAGGGUGGCCAUCAUUCCGCCCCACUACCCGCCGGUGGCCGCGCCCCCGCCCCCGCCCCCGAAGCUCUCCCAAGGCCUGAGCAUCGCCGUCAUCCUGGUGGGGAACUCUAGCGAGGUGUCCCUGGUGGAGGGCCGGGAGAAGGAGGACUUCCUGUACAUGCCGCUCCCGCCCAACGUGGAGCUGGUCACCAUGAACGAGACCGACCCCAAGAGCAUCAUCACCCGCAUCUGCGACCUCAUGACCAAGCACUGGCUGCAGGGCGUGGUGUUUGGGGACGACACCGACCAGGAGGCCAUCGCCCAGAUCCUGGACUUCAUCUCGGCCCAAACCCACAUCCCCAUCCUGGGCAUCCGAGGAGGGUCCUCCAUGAUCAUGGCCGCCAAGGACGAUCAUUCCAUGUUCUUCCAGUUUGGACCCUCCAUCGAGCAGCAAGCCUCGGUCAUGUUGAACAUCAUGGAGGAGUAUGACUGGUACAUAUUUUCCAUCGUCACCACCUACUAUCCCGGUUAUCAGGACUUUGUCAACAAGAUCCGCAGCACCAUAGAGAACAGCUUCGUGGGCUGGGAGCUGGAGGAGGUGCUGCUGCUGGACAUGUCGGUGGACGACGGCGACUCCAAGAUCCAGAACCAGCUGAAGAAGCUGCAGAGCCCGGUCAUGAUGCUGUACUGCACCAAGGAAGAGGCCACCACCAUCUUCCAGGUGGCCCACUCGGUGGGGCUCACCGGCUACGGCUACACCUGGAUCGUCCCCUCGCUGGCGGCCGGGGACGCCGACAACGUGCCCGCGGAGUUCCCCACAGGCCUCAUCUCCGUGUCGUACGACGAGUGGGACUACGGCCUGGAGGCUCGGGUCCGCGACGCGGUGGCCGUCAUCGCCAUGGCGACCUCCACCAUGAUGCUGGACCGCGGGCCGCACACCCUCCUGAAGUCGGAGUGCCACGGGGCCCCCGACAAGAAAGGCCCGAGCGCCGGGAACCCAAACGAAGUGCUCAGGUAUCUCAUGAAUGUGACCUUUGAGGGACGUAACCUGUCGUUCAGUGAGGACGGCUAUCAGAUGCACCCUAAACUGGUCAUCAUCCUGCUGGACAAGGAAAGGCAGUGGGACAGGGUGGGGAAGUGGGAGAACGGCUCUCUCUCGAUGAAGUACCACGUGUGGCCUCGCUUCGAGCUCUACUCGGACACGGAGAACCGCGAGGACGACCACCUGUCCAUCGUCACGCUGGAGGAGGCCCCCUUCGUCAUCGUGGAGGACGUGGACCCGCUGAGCGGCACCUGCAUGAGGAACACGGUGCCCUGCCGGAAGCAACUGAAGAACCUCAAUCAGACGGGAGAUGGUGGCAUCUACAUCAAGCGCUGCUGCAAGGGCUUCUGCAUCGACAUCCUGAAGAAGAUCGCCAAGUCCGUCAAGUUCACCUACGACCUCUACCUGGUCACCAACGGCAAACACGGCAAGAAGAUUAAUGGGACCUGGAAUGGCAUGGUGGGAGAGGUGGUGCUGAAGAAUGCCCACAUGGCGGUGGGCUCCCUCACGAUCAACGAGGAGAGGUCGGAGGUCAUCGACUUUUCCGUGCCCUUCAUCGAGACGGGCAUCAGCGUCAUGGUCUCCCGUAGCAACGGCACCGUCUCUCCCUCUGCCUUUCUGGAGCCGUUCAGCGCGGACGUGUGGGUGAUGAUGUUCGUGAUGCUGCUGAUAGUGUCGGCGGUGGCCGUCUUCGUGUUCGAGUACUUCAGCCCGGUCGGGUACAAUCGAUGUCUGGCGGACGGGCGAGAGCCCGGCGGUCCCUCCUUCACCAUCGGAAAGGCCAUCUGGCUGCUCUGGGGCCUGGUCUUCAACAACUCCGUCCCCGUCCAGAACCCCAAAGGCACCACCAGCAAGAUCAUGGUGUCCGUCUGGGCCUUCUUCGCCGUCAUCUUCCUGGCCAGCUACACUGCCAACCUGGCCGCCUUCAUGAUCCAGGAGGAGUACGUGGACCAGGUGUCUGGGCUGAGCGACAAAAAGUUCCAGAGGCCGAAUGACUUCUCCCCGCCAUUCCGAUUUGGGACGGUGCCCAACGGCAGCACGGAGAGGAACAUCCGGAACAACUAUAAGGAGAUGCACAGCUACAUGGUGAAGUUCCACCAGAAGAAUGUCAACGAAGCGCUGCAAAGUCUGAAGACUGGUAAACUGGACGCCUUCAUCUACGACGCGGCCGUGCUGAACUACAUGGCCGGGAGGGACGAGGGCUGCAAGCUGGUGACCAUCGGCAGCGGGAAGGUCUUCGCCUCCACGGGCUACGGCAUCGCCAUCCAGAAGGACUCCGGCUGGAAGAGGCAGGUCGACCUGGCCAUCCUCCAGCUCUUCGGCGACGGUGAGAUGGAGGAGCUGGAGGCCCUGUGGCUGACAGGUAUCUGCCACAACGAGAAGAACGAGGUGAUGAGCAGCCAGCUGGACGUGGACAACAUGGCGGGCGUGUUCUACAUGCUGGGCGCGGCCAUGGCGCUCUCCCUCAUCACCUUCAUCUGCGAGCACCUCUUCUACUGGCAGCUGCGCUUCUGCUUCAUGGGCGUGUGCUCCGGCAAGCCGGGGAUGACCUACUCCAUCAGCAGGGGUAUCUACAGCUGCAUCCACGGGGUCCAGAUCGAAGAGGCUAAAUCGCCGCUCAACUCCCCCUCCGCCACCAUGAACAACACCCACUCCAACAUCCUGCGGCUCCUCCGCACGGCCAAGAACAUGACCUCCCUCUCGGGGGUCAACGGCUCGCCGCACAGCGCCCUGGACUUCAUCCACCGCGAGUCGUCCGUCUACGACAUCUCGGAGCACCGCCGCAGCCUGGCCGGCCACUCGGACUGCAAGCCGCCGUACCUGCCCGAGGACAACAUGUUCAGCGACUACAUCAGCGAGGUGGAGAGGACUUUCGGGAAUUUGCACCUGAAAGAUAGCAACCUGUACCAGGACCACUACCUGCACCAUCACCCGAGCUCAGGGCCCACCCUGGGUCUCAGUUUGUCCGGCCCCACAACCAACAGACCUCAUAGUUUGGGGAGUGCCAGUUCCUUGGAGGGAGGAAUGUAUGAUUGCGACAGUCUAGGAGGGGGGGUGGCCCCAAUAUUCACCACACAGCCCCGUGCCUCUCUGACUCACAGGAACAACAAUAAAUUUGACCUGAUAGCGGGUCAGAGCCCAGCCCCUGGUCCAGGGUUCAAACAAGGUCUGACCGACCUGUAUGGGAAGUUCUCCUUCAAAGGCGGAGCGUCCAGCUCGGGCUUCAUUGGACACGACAGGUACUGCGGUGGAGUGGGAGGAGGGAUAGACGAUGGAAACAUGUCCGACAUCUCCACCCACACGGUCACCUACGGCAACCUGGAAGGGAACGCCAAAAAGCGCAAGCAGUACAGGGACAGCCUGAAAAAGAGACCCGCCUCGGCCAAGUCGCGACGCGAGCUAGACGAAAUCGAGCUGGGGUAUCGGAGGCGACCCCACCACUCAGCCCAUCACCAUUACCACGGCGCCCACUCCCGCCGCUCAACCUCUCCACCCCUCUUGCCCUUAGCUUCAGACCGGAAGCCUCAAAGGGGGGGAGGGGGUGGGGGAGGGCUGUUCCGUGACAAAGAGGGCUUGAGGGAUUUCUACCUAGACCAGUUUCGCCCCAAGGAAGGCAUACCCCAGUGGGAACACGUGGAUUUAACAGACGGACCUGUUGGCGGAGUGGGAGGAGUCACUGGUGGGGGCGGGGCUAACAGCAGUGGAGUUGGUGGAGGUGGAGGCAAUUGCACUAGUUUGGUCGCAGUGGAGGAUUUCUUGAAGGGUAAACCCAAGAAGAAUGAGUGUAAGAGUGGAGGGGGAGGGGGAGUGGGUGUCGGACCGGCUGCAUCAGGGCCUCAAACACAAACAUGCUGGGAAAAGAACGUGACAGGGGUCGGGGGUGGCGGGCUGACUGGGGGUGAUUGGGAAUGUCGAAACUGCCGCAGUGGAGGUGCGGGUGGCAAACCGGUGUCUCUGCAUGGGGGUGGUCCUGGAGGAGGAGGUGGUGGAGGGUAUCCUGGAGGGGGGAUAGGGGGUGGUUGCACAACUGCUGGAGGUGGAGGAGGGGGUAAUAGCUCGGUUUCUGGCCGUCCAAGUUCGGCCACCUGCGUGCGUUGUGACGCGUGCAAGAAAACGGGUAACUUGUACGACAUUAGUGAAGACAAUAACCCUCUUCUGGAUCAACUGGGGGGUAAGUAUGCCCAGGAAGGGGGAAAGGGUGGGUUGAUAGGGGGCAUGGGAGGCGUCCAGUCGCAAACUCAAGCUCUGCGGAGGAAGCCAGGUUUGGGCGGCAAGCAAUUACGACGGCAGCAUUCCUACGACACGUUUGUAGACCUGCAGAAAGAGGAGGCGGGCGGGUUAGGGGGAGGAAUGGGUGGAUUCGGGGGUGGAGUCGGCGGAGGUGGCAUGGGAGGGAUGCUUCCCCCACCUAGGAGCGUGAGCCUGAAAGACAAAGACCGGUUUAUGGAGGGAGUGAGCCCGUACGCCCACAUAUUCGAGAGGCACGCCGCGUCGGAGAGAGAGAGAGACCGAGACAGAGAUCCGCUCUUUUUCGGAGGGGAUCGGGGAAAGGGCGGCUCGUCUUUCGGGCUGUUCCGGGGAGGUGAAAGUGGGCUGCAUCGUCGGUCGGUGGGGGAGAGAGAUACGAGGGAUAGAGACAGAGGGAUGGCGGGGGGCGGAGGAGGAGGAACAUAUUCCCUGUCUAAAUCCCUCUACCCAGAUAAAGUAAACCAAAACCCCUUCAUCCCAACCUUCGGUGACGACCAGUGUCUGUUGCACGGUGCCAAGUCGUACUACAUCAAAAAGCAGCAGCAGCAGCAGCAGCAACAGCAACAGCAGCAGCAACAGCAGCAGCCACUCCUGAAAAACAGCCGAAGUGACUUCAGAAAUUCCAUGGGCGUGGCGUCUUUUCUACCGGCGUCUGCCACGGCAGGGGUGAUGGCCAACAUGGCCCCCAGGUUCCCCAAGGAGCUGAGCCUGGGCGGGAUGGCGGGACCAAUGGGGAACCAUCACGGGGGCCCCAAUAAUAACAAGCUGCUGUCGACAAGGGACGGGUUAGGGGCCGGCCAAACGCAGAGACCAUUCAACGGCUCCAGCAACGGGCACGUGUACGAGAAACUGUCGAGCAUAGAGUCUGACGUGUAAGAGAGGGGACAGAGGAGACUGGGACGCAGGGACCGGAGUGAGAGGACACAGAAGGACGCUUCCUACGUUGUGGCAAUUUAUUUACGAGAGAGAAAAGGGGGAAUGCAACUGCACAUUCCAGUUUUAACAGGAAGGGCAAGGUGGGAGAGGAGGAAGAGUACGUUCCCCGACGAUGGGAGAGGCUGGGUGCAGCAGCAUCCGUUCUGAACGAAGAGGAUGGCGGGUGUCCUGAGUGCAGGAAGGAAAACCGGCAGGAAAAAAAAAGAUAAAAACUGUGGGAUAGUCAUAACACUAGAGAAGGUAAAUGGAAUGUAUGCGGCGUUCAGGGGCCAAGGAAGUUAACGGAAAAAGAAAGAGGAAGCCAGGAUGAGAAAGACGAGCACUAAGAAAAACGUUAAGCCUGCAGAUUUGUCUGUAACUCUCUCCGUCUCUUUUCCUCUCUUCCACCGUUCCCUUACACCAAAUUAAGUGCUUGUUCGAUCCUGGUUUGUUAUGAAAAUACAAUCAUGAAUGAAAAUAAAAUGCUAACUUAUGUAACAGGGUAAAAUAAUAAUAACAAUAAUAAUGUUGUUAAUAAUAGUAUUGAUCAUAAUGAUGUUUAUGAUAUUUAGUUCGGUUUUGUUUUUUAAAUAUUUUAUGCUGUUGAAUAUUUGUAGUUAAUUAUUUGUUAGCUAACUAUGUAGAAGGAAGCUCAUUAUCUAAUGAAACUUAUUUGCUGGGAGAAACAUAAGGUAAUUUGAUUUCCUGACUGUUUUUUAUGAUUGAUUAUCUGUGUGCUAACUAUCCAUGACCAUGCAUUUAUUUGCUGUUUUGGAGUGUUGUAAAUGGUAAAAGACAUGAUUUGCACAGUGCCAAACUGUACAGAAAAUACAGUGUAAUGUCUUAUUGCAUUUAAAAAUCAUGUACAGUAUCUAAAACUGUUCUGGUUUACAGUUGUCAAUAGGUAAGAAAAAGGAAAAAAAAAAAGUAUAAGAGUGGGCUUGAAAAUAUUGUGUAGGAUGUGCCUUACUGGAUUCCAAAAGCUGUGUCUCACUCAGCCAGAUAUAUCACAUUGAGAGAUGACACGAUUCGUCAUGACAGAAUUUGUCUAUGGCUAUGUGAAAGAGACAUCUCCGAAUGCUGAAUUUUUAUUUGAGAUAUUUGUAUGGAAUACAGCAUGCCUUAUAGGUUGUAUUUUUCAGGGAAAGGCCAGGGAGAGCUGAGCUCUGCUGUUGAUAGAUCGGUGGGCAUUACACUUCAGUUUAAAUGCUGUCAAGUACCCAGAGUGCAUCUGCCUUGGGAGGUCAAAAGUCACAGGCCCAAUGGGCAUGGCCGGACCAUUGCAUAGGAGGUGUCUUACGUUUUAGGUGGUCGCAAAAAUGCCUGCUGAUGCUGACAUGUUUAAGGGUGAGAUAUUGACAGUUUUUUUUUUACCUGGAGACCUCGUGAUAUUUUACAGGACAGGGCAAGACAAAUUUUCCCCUAAAAAGAGAGAGAGAGAGAGAGGAAAGCAACACUGGAUGCAGUUCUUGAUUUAAUACUCAUUUUACAUGCAGGAAGAAUCACACAGGAUACCUUUUAAGCCUGUGGGUGAUUGAAAGUUUGUCUAAAUUUGGCUUCUGAUUAAAUAUUUUUUAAGGGAAAAUGAUGGAAAAUGAAUUCAGGCACAGAAUUGAACAGCGUGGUGAGGUUGCGCAAAGCUAUACAAUAUUUAGCUGGGCUUGUGUGAAGUGCUUAUAAGUUAUAUGUAAAUUAUUGUCUGUUUAGUAUUUCAAAUCAGCAGAAGGCAGAUAUUUGGAAUAAUGCAUAGACUAGUAUUUUUCCACUGCUCCAUUCCAUUAAAUGGAAAACCUUUGUUUGAAACUUAACUUAAUAUCAAGGUCAUUUUAUUGCUCUCUUUUUCACAUUAUUGUGCACAAAAGGUUUUGAAAUCCAAAUGGACCAAAAGAAAGACAAGUAAAAGUCUGUCUGUUGGUCAGUGUUACCAUCAGUAUUAAUGUUUUUUUCUUGUAAAUGAACACAGAAUUUCUUUUCGUUUUGUACAUUACACAGACAGUCAGGAUGUAAUUUUCAAUAUAGUUUUACAUCAAAUAAAGAACAAAAAAAAAUUGAAAGAACAAAAAUGAAAACAAAAAUAUAUAGAAGACAAAAACACAUUACAAUGAUAGUACUAUGAUUACUUCUGUUGGUUUUUAGUAUGUUAGUUACUUCACAUAGCAUAUUAGUAAUGACGAUUAUGUUAAGAAUGUUUUCUAAGAACAAUUUUAAUUCGUUUCAAGGACUGAUGAUAACAAAUACCAUAAGUGUAUAGGUUUAUCAGGAAAUCAAAGAAGGAUUAAGGGUUGAUACGAAUUUCCCUCAUGUUAAAACUGUGCACCUUUUGACAAACUUUUGUACAUACACAUUCCAACACAGUCCAACAAAGCAUUGCAGCCCUUUGAUUUUAAGGAACACUUUCAAUCAGCAAGGCAUUUCUACUGUUCGCCUUAUACCCUACAGUGAUGUCUGGGAGCUGGUUAAGAAUAACUAAGGGGCACUGCUUGCUAUGUGCAUGAAGGCACCACUGAUCAGACCGGUGCUCACUGUUUAACAUUAGAACGUACAUUUGGCAUUUAAAGUCCAACCCUUCUCAUUUUGAAAACAAUAACACUUGAUUAAAGCUGACAAUAUCUGGCACGUGCGGUCUUAAAAUGUUCUUCGGUGAGAGAAAAAAUGUCUGCUUUUCCCUGGAGAUGUCUCUUGAGAUCCAGAAAUGUUUUUAUUUUUUAUUUUUUUAAAUCCUGUGGUGCCACUUACAGAACAUAUCCAGGAAGCUGUGUAUUCUGUGCCAUGAGGUAUUUUUCUCAGCGUGUAACUAUAAGUUAGUUUACAGAUCACCGGGUAAAACAAUUUCUACAUCAAUCAUAUUCAAGAAACAUUGUAAAUUAUUAUUUUUUAUUUAUAUUUCUCCUCGGCAUGUGUGUACUGAUCUACUGACAGCUGCACAGUACUGUACACAUGUAUGCAGUUACUGUCUGCAUAUCUCUAUACAGACUGGGUCUGUUUGUUUCCAGCAAACCGUGUCAGAGCCACGGGCCUUCAGACCGAAAUUGUUUAUAAUCAUAAAUAAUAAACUGAAAUCUAUAGGCUUAUUACAAUUUGGAAAAUUAACCCCUCCACACAUUCAUUUUUCAACAUCUAUUCAGUGUAUACGCGUGAAUAUGUGUGCUGGGGUGAAUAUAUGCAUGAACAGGCAUGCAUGUGGAUAUGUGGAUAUUUGACUGAGUGUGUUUGCUGUUUUAAGAUGAGUCACAUGGUUCAUUGUUAUUCUUUUGCUUUUGCUUUAUUCUUUUGAAUAUAUUUCAAUAUUUUAAGGGCAGGAAUAUGGAAAAAAAAACAGUUGAAAUUGUACAUUUGAACAGUUUUGGCAAAAUUUCAUCAUGACAAUACAAAGUUUUUUACAGUUAAUAUUAAGAAGUGUGUGUGUGUGUGUGUGUGCAUCUGUGUGCUUGUGUAUAGCUGUAUGAGUAUGAACAUAUUCAAAUCAAUUGACCUCAUUUUCAGUAAAUUGCAUGAUCAAAAUAUUUGUGUGCUUUCCCCUACAAAGUUUUCACUGAUUUUUUUUAAUCCUGUGCAUUUAACUUGAUCAUUGUGAUUGAUAGUUGCUCUCAAAAGAAUGCACCUUUUUGCAUUCUUAGUGUCAACAUCCCACUUAAAUAACUAAAUAGCUACAAAAUGUAUCUCCCUACAACAGAGUACCAAUAGACACACUUGUGGAUUUUACCCCUCACAAUGUGUUUUCAGGCAACAUAUUUACUUAUUUUAAAGUAUUAUUUUAAAGUAAAUUUGAUUGUAAAUAAUGGUUUUAAAAGUAUGUAUUGUGAUUUGUACUUGCAUCAUUUGAAGCAGAAAUACAUGUAUUAUCACUGUCUCGCCUUUUUAAAUGAUAGCUUUGACUGUAUUUUCAUUGAUUUUGGAUAUCUCAGUGGGUUUGUGGUUUGGCCAUAUUUCAAAAAUGGCUACGACAGAUCAUUUUUGGUGAUUAAUUGCCUUUUCAGUAAGUCUCAUAAAAGUGAUCAUACUGUCCCGAGCUGUAAGGCCCAGUGAUCCAAAAGCCAGUGUUAUGAGCUCUAAAAUCCUAAUUUAUUGUUAAAUGAGAAGACACAGCGAAGCUGAACACAAUGUAAAUGGUGUCUCUUGGAAGCAAAAUUGCUUGAAGGUCAUAAAUAUACACACUGUAUUUAAAACUACUGAUACAAAUUAAAGCUACAAACACAAUUCAUGAAUAGAUAAAUGUAGAGUCAUAGACAGUACAAGGUGGUGUUUACAUUAUGUUUUUUAAAUUUAUUUUGACACUAAAUUAUGACACAGUUACUAUAAAUAACAGUAAUGUUUUAGUGUUUUGUUAGUAUUUGGUUUUAUGAAUAUAUUAAUGGAACAAGACAAUGGUAUAUUUGAGCAGACUUUUGAAUAAUAGUAUAACAAUCAUAAUAAUUAUGUAAUGUUAACAAAUUCAUACUGAUAGUAAUUACAUAGGAACAAUCAUCAUGUUUUUUGUCCUUCUUGCCUAGUUUGAGGAACUUUCAGCUUUAAGCAUAUUUUCAGUGAUUUUACAGUGGAUGGAGAAUUAUGUUUUGUUAUACAGUAGAUUACAAUUUAUCUCAUUUAAAAAAAAAAUUGUUUUCUGCCAAGCCCUGAUAUUUUUUGUAUUUACGAGUGGGUUUAUCAACAUGCUUGAGCAUCUGUAUGUGCGUAUGUAUGUAAGAGAGAAAGUACUUGGAGGGCAGAUAAAUGUGUAUUAUAACAUUGUCUGAAUUCUGUAAAUAAUUAAAUCCAUUUUGUUCCCUUUUAAUACAAACAAAUAAAAAAAAUUUAAAAAACUUUAAUAAAAAUUUGGGUAACAUUUUAGGGUUAAGGUUGUUGCAAAGAAUGUUUUUAAAAUUACAAUGCAUUAUGCAUAUUCUGCAUUUACAAAUAGUAAACAGGUUGUGGUGUGAAACUGUAUAUACAUUCCCCUUAAGUAUGAUCAAUUAAUUGCCAUUUUUUGAAUCUGCUCUUUGAUCAUACAGUACAUGUUGAUCAUUAGUAUAGGAAACAGAAACAUACUUCUUUCAACUUCAUGUUGUUCUUUAAUUACAGGUCAUUACUUUA